AUGCGGCCCGUGUACCACGAGCCCGUCGCGCGCGUCUACUAUGGCAACGUGUGCUCACCCGCGUACCUCCUGUCGUGGCUAGCGUGGCUCACGACGCUUCUCUUGCCGCUCCUUCUCGUCUACGAUGCAUCGACGUUCUGGCCUCGGUCCGUCGCGUAUCGCGAGCAGCCGCACGUGCAGUACAUGUACCAGACGCUGCUUCUCAUCGAGGGCACGGCGCGUGACGACGAUGGCAAAGAGAGCGUGUUCUCUGGCUUUUGGAGCACGCUGCCGACGAACGUCAACCAACUCGCGGGCGACGCGCUGCGCCCGGGGCAAAUUCAGUCGUUUUUCGACGACGACAACCGCGAUGGCCUUCUGGACCGCGUCUCGAUCGAGGUGGCGAUCGCAGUGCAUGCAGGCGAAAGCGUCCACAAAGCGUCCUUGCUUGUGAUCUUCAACGCGACGGUCCAGACGCACGCCCAGCUGAGUAUGGACGUCAUGGCACUCGUCUCGCAUGCGUCGCCGCUGCCAGGCAGCGUUCUCUACACCGUGGGCGAUCUCGCGCUGAGCUUCAAGCGGCCGUUGCCACUCACGACUACGUGUGCGAUGCCGUAUGCAGCCGACGCGCUGCUGAACGUGUCGUCGCUCCACCACGCCGACGACUUGCGGCUCGAGCAGUUCAUGCUGCGGCAGACCCGUCGUGAGAACCGAGCCCAUGUGACCAACCAAGAGCAUGUGUGGAUCCAAGAUGCCAGUGUGGACCCGCGGCGGUUUGUCAUGAACGCGACGCUGAGUGUCCCCGUCACCGACAUUUCGUAG